AUGUUUUGCAAGAAUGUUCUUCUUUACCCUAAUGGAAAUCUAGAUAGCAAGGGAAAAUAUAUUUCAAUUUAUUUAUCGUCUGAUCAGUCUACUAAUGCUAAAUUGUUUGCAAAUUUCAUUCUGCUUGAAGACCAUAUGUUUGGUCCAACAACAAAAGAUUGGGGCUUUACACAAUUCAUGUCAUUAGAUACAUUGAAAGAUCCGGAACAGGGUUAUUUGGUGGAUGACAGUUUCAUCAUUGAAGCCAAAGUUGAAUUGCUUGGUUCGAUUAUUCUGAAUAAGUCAUAG